AUGUAUGUGUCGAUAGAAUGGCUACAGCUACGUAUCUGCCGCCUCCUCCAUAUUACAGACUCUACAAGGAUUACUCUGAAAACCCUAAUUCUGCUCCUGAACCUCCUCCUCCAAUUGAAGGAACCUACGUUUGUUUCGGAGGCAAUUAUACUAUGUUCUUCCGAGCCUAGAAGAGCAAGGAGUGCCUCAACUUUAUCCCAAAGAUUCAAAUGUUGUAUCUUUCAGAUACUUCCUUCCGAUCUCAGCCUUACUCUUAAGCAAGAUACCUUCUUUGUUUUGCUGAAGAGAUUCCAAUGAUCUUGUGUAGAUUACAUGAAAGAACUCCGGUCUUUGAACAGAGAACUACAGGUACAUACAUUGGUACAGGUACAUAUAUUGGAGCUUGCUGAUGUUCUUGUUGAGAGGCCUUCUCAAUAUGCAAAGAGAAUUGGUGAAAUAUCUUCAAUCUUCAAGAACUUACAUCACCUUCUCAAUUCCUUGAGGCCUCACCAGGCGAGAGCAACGCUUAUUCAUAUUAUAGAACUCCAAAUUCUGCAGCGGAAACAAGCUGUGGAGGACAUUAAGAGCAUGAGAAGAGAAGAAGCACAACGACUUCUGAAGGAUGCUUUCGUCACUUUAGAUGGACAAUAG